ACCAGGAAAGCAUCUAAGAAACAGCUUCCCCUUCAGCAUUUUUCAUCGAACUCAUUCGUCAUGCGUUCCUAUCUGAUAGCCGCUGCCUUUGCGUCAAUGAUGAUCCUUGCUUUUGGAGGUCGUCAUUCCUUCCGCGACCACUAUCGCCGCCACCCCCAACACAACGACUACUACGAAUCCGUUCCAGCCGGCUCUUACUCUCACGGCUUCUAUGAUCCAUACGACAGACAUGCCUAUCGCAACUCCCACGCUUCCCUCCUGGGUUCUGUAUUUCAAGCUCUGGAUCCAUACCGUGCAGAGCGCCACCGCCGUCGAUACCGUCCAUUCUCCCUCUACUGAUUCUCAUUCUGAUACUCAUCUCUACCGCAGUGACCCUCAACAGUUUCACCCUAUGACGACUUGAUUUUCAGUUUUCUUUGACUCAGUUUAAAUUCCAAAUGAUUUAUUUGCCAUUUAUUUGACAAGUGACCACC